AUGACGUCAGUAGCUCGUACCCGCAUCCGACCACAACCAGCCCACUUCCACUUCCUCAACGUGCUUUACCGCCCGGUUCUCACCGCCCCUUGGACGCACUGGCAGCCCGGCAGCAGAGUUAUGAGAAACAUCCCAUGGCUCACUCGAUAUUAUAGCCCGCCCAGCCUCGCUGCUGGCCGGCUCCGCCCCCAUAGCACGCCCGCUUGUAGGCUCCGUCAUGGCCGAACCUUGACUUCUUCGCCCUUCCUCCAUCGCAGCAGCGACCCCCGCGUUCGAAAUCUAGGCCGUGAAAUCAGCGACGAGUAUGCGUCGGUACGAGACGUCUACUUGACGCCGAAGCACCCCAUCGUCCUCGCUCACGGCCUCCUCGGGUUCGCCGAACUCUCCAUCUCCUCCCUCGUGCCCCCUCUUCGAUACUGGCAUGGCAUCGAACAGGCCCUCGCAACGCAGGGUUGUCCCCUCAUCAUCACCGCCUCCGUGCCCCCUUCGCACGGCAUCGAAGAACGGGCGGCGAAGCUCGCUGCCGACAUCUCCGCAUCCAUUGCCAGUUCCAAGUUCUCCGGCGACCCGGUGCCUGUCAACAUCAUCGCCCACAGCAUGGGCGGUCUCGACGCCCGCUACAUGAUCUCCCGCCUACAGCGGGCGAACAGCAACUUCCGGGUCGCGGCUCUCGUCACGGUGGGCACGCCCCAUCGCGGCAGUCCCUUUGCCGACUACGUGCUGCAUGAAAGCGCCGGUCCACUCUACCUCCCCAGGCUGUACUCCUUGCUCGAGAGGGCCGGGCUCGGAACCAGGGCGUUCGCUCAGCUGACGACGCGGUACCUCGCCACCGAGUUCAACCCUCGAACGCGAGACGACCCAGCCGUGCGGUACUUUUCGUACGGCGCGGUGGUGGAGGAUCUGCCCUUGUUCAGCCCCUUUCGACUGCCACAAAAGAUCAUUGCCCAAGCGGAGGGUCCCAACGACGGGCUGGUCGGCGUCGACAGCAGCCGCUGGGGCCAGUACGAGGGGACCCUACUCGGCGUGAGCCACCUGGACCUGAUCAACUGGUCCAACAGGGCACGGUGGACGGUUCGCGAGUGGAUGGGCGUCAAGAGGAACUUCAACGCCGUGGCCUUUUACCUCGGCAUCGCCGACAUGCUGGCAAGGGAGGGGUUGUAG